AUGGGUUCCUCCCAACCGUGGAAAGAGAUCAAGGCACUGGCCAAUCAGGUGAUGCCAGUCUUCCAGUUGGUCUUGCCCAGUGAGCUUGAAGCGGCCAUUGCUACAAAAGCCAGUGACGGUCGCACUGUUGGUAAAACCCGCCGAGAAAAGAAGGAUCUGGCACAGGCUAAGUCCAAAUCAGGUCAUCGCAAGGCAGGGCUGGAGGACAUUGUGUUGACACCGGAGCAGGUGACCAUCCCAGCCGGGGUCUUCACUUCUCCGGCAGGCCCACUGCAACAGCUACGACUUGAAGAAGUCUGUCCGACCUCGGCAGGGGUUGUAGUGGUGAAUCCCGAGCAAGCGGCCACUUACAUGCGCAUCCCGCGUCCACUGUCCAGCGAGGCACUUGGCCUCAUUGCACUUGGGCCUGUCGACACCGAAGGCUCCACACUGCAGACUGAGAAGGUUCGUUUCCAUGCCUUGUGCCCGUCUUCGGGUGAACCACUCCUCUUGAAUGGCUUGCUUAUGCAGGCGGGGGACCAGUAUGUGGUGAAGCAUACUCCUGCAGUGGCGACCCUGGACGUGGUACAGUCUGUUGUCCAAAGGGUCUCUGUAUACCGUGACGAAUGGGAAGGCGACUGGGCGUCUUUGGUUGAAUCUCCUCUCCGAGCGGUUGUUGCAUGCGUCCCAGUUCUCAAAACCUGCGACCGCGAGGCAUGCCAGUGCCCUUCUUGGCACGGGGUGACAAGUGCAGGAAAGCCCGAGGCGAUACUGGAAGCGUGGAACCGUACGUUUUGCACUGAGCACUUCCGGGCCAGCCCCCCUGCCUUGGCCUCUGUCUUUACCAUCCUCAUUCGCAUUCCGCUCGCUCUGGAAGACUUGCUCCAGCCAUUUUCUGGCAACCGGGGGGUCUAUGUGGAACCGCGAGGGCUCACCCCCCGCGAGCCUUCGACAACCUUCCGAGUUGUAUGGGUGCCGAAGGCCGGUCAUGCAGAGGCAUUGUUGCUCCGGCAAUCCCACUCCAAGAUUGUUGGCCUAGCGCGGGUGAGCCAGCGCUAUGGCGUGCGUUGCUUGGCGGAGGACGAGCCCGAGAUGCACAACCUCAUCCGCCCAGCCUCACCUUUCCUGGAUAGGGAGGGUUUGCGUAGCUACAUCAUCGGCCCUUUCCCGCAUGGGACACGCAGGGAUUCCCUCCUCAAGCUUUUUGCAGAUAUCAAGUGGAACGCCCGCCCAUUGCAGCCCGAGCCAGCUACUCAGCAAGGUGUCUGGUGGAAAAUUCAGGCCAAUGCUCAACCGGCGACCCCUGUACUGCAUACACAGUUUGGUGAGGUCCUUCUCUCCGAAGUGCGGCCGCCUACCACCCCCCCUUCCCGUGCACCGGUUGUGGUUGCAUCAGCGGCCUUCUUGAAGUCUUUCCAAAGCCGAACCUCCUCUGCGAGCAAGGAAGCCAUUGAUCCCCUGCAGGCCAAUGACCCCUGGGCCAAUGCGCUAGAAGCCUCCGGCGGCUCUAGCAAAACCGCAGACUGGCGAAAGGUCGCCACUCAGGUUGAACGCAACGUCAUGGCGCGAGUUGGUGCGGCCACAUCUUCGGGGCCGGCUUCGACACAGCCGCCGCCUGUUGACCAGGAGGCCAUUGCGGCCAAUGUUGAAAGCCUUGUUAUGGCAAAGGUGGACGCGCGCUUGGGCCUCUUUGAAUCAUCAGUCUCCACGAAGUUUUCAGCCCUGGGGGGCAGGGUUGAAGAGGUUGCUGCUGAUGUCAAACAACAGGAAACAGCCCUGCAGAGCAUGUUCGACACCCAGAUGAUGCGCAUAGAGGAGCCCGUUGCUCGGGACUUCUCCUGCCCUGGCUUCACCCCCACCUGGAUUCCACUUACCACAUCUGGGCAGUUCCGCCUUCAAGCCCUGUGGGGCAGUGGACCUCGCUUUCUUUGUGGCGAUUACAACGUUGAAUAUGACCACCUAGUACAGGCCUCCUUUUGGCGCAGCAAGGGAUUCAUAGAAAUCCAAGAUUUGCAUCAGCGCCUGACGGGCGUGGCCCCCAAAGCUACCUGUAAGGGUAAGACAAGAAAAGAUUUUUGCUGGAUCAGCCCUGAAUUGCAGAGCCUUUUCAUUGAGACCGUGGUGGAUGAACUUGCAUUUGCCGACCACGCCGUAAUUUACGCUCGCCUUCGGGUGCCGCAGCAGGGGAUUCCCAGAUUUGUCUGGCGGAUGCCGGUUCAAUUUGCUUCAUCAAUGGUCCCGAACGGACCGCUCCCAGUCCGGUCGAGGGUACCCAUCACACCUGCGCAUGUUGACCCGGACUCGUGUUGCCGUGGCAUCUUUGCCCAGUAUGAGCAUGCAGUGUCUGAGUAUGGGGUUUCCAAGGGACAGGCCCCUCUACCUCCGCUCUACCGCGGAAGAGCAUGUACGACUGAUGUGGUUGUUAAGAGACAGGUCAGGGCUCCCAUACCGCGCGGGCGGAAGGGAGAAGUCAAGCCCACCUACCUCCACCCUUCCCUACAGUAUGCCCAGCACUUUCGGCAGUUGCGCCGCCUUCAGGCGCUGGUGCAAGACAUUGAAAAGGGGUCCGCAUCCACGUCAGCUCUGGAAUACCGCUCUGGCCUAUGGGCUAGUAUCCUUAGUUCAACGGGUUUUGUCCCAUCCUUCACAGUUUGGUGGGGAAGCCGGCCUGUACAGUUGGUGGGGGAUCCUCCUGCUAUCCCGCUUGAGCCGCCACCCCUUUCCAUAGCCCGUGCACUCUUCCGCGGCCUGGAGGCCAACAUCCGCCACUCAGAGAGGAGGCGGCAGCAGCAGUUCCGCAGGGAUGCCCGUGAGGCACGUCGUACUAGUCCUGCGCUGAUUUUCAAGGACCUCCGUGAGCCCCUGUCUCAGUCUGUGGAAACCCUUCUCGAAACAUGCGAAGGGGUGGUGGAGGAGGUUGAUCAUGAAGAAUUUUCGAUCACUACCGAAAGUAAAAGCUGCUGGCGCGAGCACCUGCCCCUGCUGACCCCAAAAGGGCCCAUUGAACUUGCGCACGCAGAGCCUGACAAGUUGUGGGGCACAACCUCCCCUGACGUCAAGCCAGGUGAUAUAGUUCGGCAGGAAAGGUACUUGGGUUCUCUCCCUGAUAUCUUUCGUGCCUUUGGGGACGCAUGGUCCAAGCGGUGGCUCAAGCACCAAGACCUCUCUGCAGGCCGUUGGGAUGGCAUCCUUGACUCUGUGCAGUCCAUCCCGGACAAUCAGGCCAUGCAAUUGGAGCCCAUUACGCUGCCUCUGUGGCGCCAGACUGUCCGUGAUAAGCACUCUCGCACCUCAGCUGGCCCAGACGGCAUAAGCCGCUUGGAUCUGCUAACGAUGCCGGAUGAUCUCAACUGCUUGAUCAUCGACAUAUGUCACCACGCUGAAGCAACAGGGCGAUGGCCACGGUCUGCCUUGCAAGGGGUUGUAAGCGCCAUACAGAAGAGCUCUGCAGCCGCACAGGUCGGGGACUUCCGUCCAAUCACGAUAUUCUCCCUCAUUUACCGCUGCUGGUCGAGUCUCCGUGCUAGACAGUGCCUUUCCUACCUUGACAAAAUCGCCCCAGCCGGCCUUUGUGGCAACCGACCCGGCGUCUCUGCGUCCACUGUUUGGUACUCGCUACAAGCCUCGGUUGAGGCGGCAACAUUAGAUGGGGGCAAGUUGUGCGGCUUCACAGCUGACGUGACCAAAGCUUUUAACUGUAUCCCAAGAACACCAGCAUUGGCCAUUGGAGUACGCAAAGGCCUCCACCGUGACAUACUCCGGGGAUGGACAGGGGCGCUCGUAGGCAUCGCCCGUAGAUUUAAGGUACGGUCCUCAGUGGGACACCAGCAUCACGCAUGUACUGGCUUUCCGGAGGGAUGCGCUCUCUCAUGCGUGGGGAUGCUCUUAGUCAACCUGGCCCUCCACGAGGUGAUGCAUGCCGAUGCCCCGCAAGCCCCCCUUUCUACAUUUGUCGACAACUGGUCUUGUUCUGGGCCAACACCUGCCUGUGUAGAUCAAGCCUUUCGGAGCCUGAGCGCAUUCGCGGAAAAGUGGGACCUCGACCUCGACAUGAAGAAGCUUAUUUUCUGGUCCACUGACCCGGCCCACCGUAAAGCCCUCAAAAGCUUGGGUCACCCUACCAGACUUGAGUUUCGUGAGCUGGGUGCCCAUGUCCGGUUUAGCAGAAGGCGAACGACUCGCUGGGGCCGCCUGGAGGCUUCCUUGUCUCCAUACCACCGCAGAGUAGCAGCCUUGAAGACAGCGGCGUGGCCUCGGGCAUUGCAUGGGGUCUCUAAUGUCCACCUGGGGGAAUCCAACUUCGGCCUACUUCGAUCCGGAGCCAUGCGAGGUACCGGGGCCAAAGCACCGGGAGCUAACCCCCUGCUGCACCUGGGCUUAGUAGAAUACCCCCUUGCCGACCCGGGAUUCGUGGCGAUUCGAGAGUCCUUCCUUGAUGCGCGACGGCACGCACCUCAGGUGAACUUCGUCGCCCUGUUGGGUCAUCUGGCCACAGGGAACGUUGCCCCGAUCCCCGGGCCGGCAUCUAUCCUCUCGGCGCGGGCCAAUGACAUAGCCAUCUCGUGGGACUUGGAUACCCAGAAGUUCCGUGAUAGCUUUGGCAACUUUGACCUCUGGACUUGCAGCCCGCAGGAACUGGACUUCCGUCUUUGCUGGGCCUGGCAGCUGGGAAUAGCCGCAAAGAUGCAACAUCGCCCCGGCUUUCAGGGUUUGGUUUCGGUAGACCCUGCCUUGUCUCGUAGGGUUCUUGCCUCCCUUCCCCCCGCUCAGAAGGCCUCCAUCCGGGUUGCACGCAAUGGCACCUUCUUCACUCAGGAUGCGCUCCACCACUUCCAAGAGGGGGAGACUCCUAACUGUGUCUACUGCGGAGCGGCAGACUCCAUACGGCACCGGGCCUUUACAUGCCCACACUUCUCCGAAGCACGCAUGGGAUUGGAAAUCCCAGUCGAGGAACUCGCUUUGCUUGAUGAUUUUCAAGCCUUGCACGCCUGGGGCCGCAGAUCUCCACUGCUGCAGGAGUUUUAUUGCUCGCUCCUGGCCCCUGUUAACAUCCGCCUGCUGCCGCUUUCCGGGGAAGGGCCCAUGGACCUCUUUACAGAUGGCUCGUGCAUUGACCCAAAAAACCCGGAUACAAGGGUUGCGGCCUGGGCUGUUGUUCAGGGUUCUGUUGAAGGUCCCCCUACGGUAGUUGCUUCCGGGCCUUUGCAAGGGUUGAUGCAGACUGCCUACAGGGCGGAGAUCUCCGCUGCACUGCAUGCCUGCCGGCGGGCACUCACAGCACACCGGCCAGCACGUAUAUGGAGUGACUGCCAGGGUGUGGUUACGCGACUCAGACGACUCAUUUCCGGCUCGUGGCAACCAAAAGCCGGAUCAUAUAACUACGACCUCUGGCUUGAACUCGCAGAGGUCGUCUCUCAGUGCCCCGGACUCUUGCAGGUCCUCAAAGUCGCUGCUCAUGAUGAUGAUGACACCUACGACGUGGCAAGUUUAUGGGUGCUUCACCACAACCGCUUGGCGGAUGAGGCGGCAAGUGCGGCCAACACAGACCGUGGUGAGGCCUUCUGGCAACAGUGGAUGGCACUGCGAGCUGAUGUCGCGCGAGAGGAGGUACGUGCCCGAGCCUUGCUUCGUCUGCACAGCCGUGUUGCUCUUAUUGCGGUCCACUCGAAUCAGCGACCUUGUUUGGAUCCCACUGCGCCUGACCCUGAUCCAGUACCUCCUGCAGGCACGUUCAUGCUGCCAGAAGAGUCCGACGGGUACGCCAGGUUGCUCCAACGGUUUCCUGCGGACUACGUCGACGCAGUGCGUCGCUGGUACAAGUUGGCCUUUUGUAGCACCGCAGCGCAGAGAGCACCAGUGCGGUGGAUCUCCGUGCUUCAGCUCUUCACUGACUUUGUUGCAACCAUUGGAUGCGAACCGGUCCAGUACAGGGGCGAAACACGGGAAUGGUUUCUUCCUGGCAGUUUGGCUGCCCACGAUGUGAUUGAGGUUGACUUGCCCCGAAAGCUCAGGUGGUUCGCACAGUCACUUAAGGGGGUGGCAAGAUUUGCAGGCGGCACGAUCCAGUUUCGUGAGCUCCGACCAUACAGUUCCACUGUGUUGACCAAAUGUUCCUGUUUAGCUGUUCGGAUGGCUAAUUCACGUCUUUUGAUCUCGGAUGGAUGGUUGGCUCUGUCAAGCAAGACAGGCGUCCUACUGAG